AUGCAACAACAGCAACAGACCCUAGCAGCGAUAGUGGGGGCCAUUGCGCAAAACAUGAGCGUGACCCCACCGGCGCAACAUAUGCCGGCCCUCGGGAUAGUGGCCGCAUGUGGGCUGUUUGAGUGCUUCAAGUGCCUCCGACCUCUUAUGUUUGUGGGCACCCAUCGGCCUAAGGAGGCCAAGUAUUGGCUCAACUGCAUAUCCAAGAUAAUAAGGCCACCACACUACUCUGAGGCAGAGCAAGUACAACUCGUCACCAACGAGUUUAAAAAGGAGGCCGGCAUGUGGUGGGACAAUGUUCUAAGAAUUGUCCCCAUGGGACUCGUAUGGACAUGGGACGAAUUCGAGAUGCUCUUCCAUGAGUACUUCCCUCUCACCUAUCGCAAUGAAAAAGAGGGCGAAUUCCUCUGCCUCAAACAGGGAGGAAUAAUGGUAACGAAGUACAAAAAUCGCUUCACGGAGCUAUCAAGCUAUGCUCCCCUGAUCGUGGUUAAUGAACCGAUGAAGAUGCGGCGGUUCUCUAAGGGUCUGCGGGCUGACAUCCGUGUUGUGUUAGCAUCCAUAUGUAUACUGACCUGGUGA